AUGAGUUCUUGCUCGGCGGCGGCCGUGGCGGCGGGAGGGCAGCAGCAGCAGGUCCGCGCAGCACGAGGCGGCCUCCCGCGACCGAGGCGGCCUAGCAGACCGGCGGCGGGCUCGCCAGGCCAGCGCCCCGCAGCCGGAAGCGACGCGUCCUGGGGGCGAGCGGGAUACAGCUGGUGGGGCGGCGGCGCCGGAGCGCAGCUGCCCCCGGCGCCGAGGCGACAGUCGUGCAGAGCGGGCCUUGUUGGCAGGCCGCCGGCGCGCGUGCCGACGGGGAACCGGGAGCUGGUGCGGCGGGCGCUGUCGCCGCCGGCCACGGGCGUGCGUGGCGCCGCGCUCAGGAGGUGGAGCUUCCGGCCCACGCCCAGCCGGCUGCGGAACGCGUCGUGUCUUGCGUCCCCUGCAUCGCCACGGCCAUCGUGAUCUUCGUAGCGUGCGGUGGUAGCAGAGCAGCUCGGUUCUCUUGGUGCAGGCUUUGUACAUUCUUUUUUUUGUUGCGAAACACUAGUUUCUCUGGUUGUUUUGCCAAGUAAUGGUGUUACGAAUUAGCAUGAGCAUCUUCCCUGUUACCCU